GUCAUCUUUCCGCGACUAUCCCUGACGGACAGGUCCAUGUGAACAUCUUUGACCGAAGUUAUCUCUUUCUACAGAUUGAAUGAGAGAACCUUUUCUCUGCUGUUCCACCCUUGGACAUCAUCUUGCCCCUCAGACAGAAUGGCCAGCCGCCUCUUGGGCAGAUGUGCCCGUCUGCUCUGCAGGGCCUCCUCUCAGGCUGCUGCUGCCCCGCGCCUGCCUCUGCCCGUGGCUUCGCCGGCAGAGGUGCUGAGGGCUCAGGGUUGGCCGUGGGUCACGGAGAGAUUAAUGUGUGAUGGAAAGACAGUUGCCAAGGAUGACAGCGUUCCAAUCUUACCCACACUCACCAAGCUGGAUGAGUUGGUGGUAAAGGCAGAAUUACCAGAGGACGUCCUGCGGAUCUGGGAUGAGCACGGGAACAAUAGUAAUCAAGCUGCUAAAACUUUGAUGAAGUGGGCUCUGUUGGUGAUGCAGACGAAGGGCAAAUUUACGGAGCUGAUGGUGGAUUCAAGGCUACAGGAUAUGAUGAAUACCUUAUCUCGGCAGAUAUCUUCAGUGUGGAAUGGCAAUCUAGUGUCUGCCUUGCAAGCUCUCUGGAUCAUGGGUUUGCCCUCUGAUGAUGUAGUUCUCAGUUCUGUCCAGACAGAGGUCCUGUGGCGAGUGCGCAGGCUAAACCACAAGCAGCUGGGUCACCUGGCAGACUGGGGAGCAAAGAGGAAGGGACAGCAGGAUAUUGUAUUAGUGAACGCUGCAUUAAAACAACUGGAACUGCGCUGGACUGAAAUCACUGAUACUAAAACUGUAACUGGACUGAUCACCAAAGGACAACGCAUGUCACCUACUUUGAGAGACAGAUUAGGGGAAAAGGCGUUGGAGCUUGCAGAGGGCUUUUCAACAGAAGAGAUCUGCAAAGUCUGUGUGUCUUUGGCAGCUCAGAGCCGGAGAUGUGUCCCGCUGCUCAGAGCUCUGUCCUACUAUCUUCUCCAGAAGCCGUCGUCAGAGUACACCACUCCGCUCAUAUUGGACAUGGCUUUUGCCUAUGCGAAGCUGAGUUUCCAUCAUUCUCAAGUAUUUCAGCGAAUGGCCUCAGAGUUGUUGCCCAGAGUCCCUGAGCUCACCUCUUUUGAUGUCACACGCUGUGCUAAAUCACUGGGCUUCCUCAAAUGGCUCCACAUCCCUCUCUUCGAGGCCUUUGCUGUGCACUUCAUGGCAAACAGUGAGAAGUACAGUGUCCUUCAGCUCUGUAAUCUGCUCAUGACUUUUGCCAGACUGGGCUUCCAGCCUAGCAAAGGAGAAGAGUUCUUUAACAAGAUUCACUCUGUGCUGGAGGAGUCUCUCUCUGGCCUUGAGCCCUUCCUGCAGACAGAUGUGGUUUGGUCUCUGUGUGUGCUGCAGCAGGCCAAGCCCCACUACCUCAUCCCCCUCACACAGCAAAAUCACAUCGCCAAACUGUCAGAGGGCAGUCCAGUCCGAGUGGAGAACUACCGGCUGAAGUUCCUCCACAUUGUUGCUACUCUCCAAUUAGAGCAUCCCGGUUCCUCAGAUUCAGAUCCUCCAUCCUCCCUGACUGCCCCACAUGUUCCGGCCACCAUCUCCCCCCUGCAGAGCAGUAUAAGAGAGGCAUUACAGACAUUGGUGGGUGGGAGGACAGAGGCUGUUCGCACUGGGGUCGACACUGUGUUCGGAUGGACUAUAGAUGGUGAGCUGGUUGUGGAUUGUGACAACAAACCAGUUGACAUUUCAAUGCUGAAAGCAACUCAUCUACCCAGUGGAGGAGGAGACCAGGCUUUACCUGUCGGGUCACGCCGGAUUGCGUUCAUAGCUUGGGAAUUUCCAAACUUUGGCUCAAAGAGUAAAGACCUUCUGGGGCGGUUUGUCAUGAUGAAGCGACAUCUUCAGUUGGCUGGCUUCAUCACAGUGGAGGUGCCGUAUUAUGAGUGGCUGGAGUUGAAGACAGACUGGCAGAAACUGGCGUACCUGAAGGAUAAAAUGGGGAAAGCUGUGGCCGAGGACAUGGCCAAGUGAACUGGGCAAAGUCUUGAUGAAAUUUUUGCAGGCUCAGCUAAAUCAGAGCUUUCCCAACCAAAUGGGACCACAGGGAAUACACACAUACACCCACGUUCACACUUGGAACGGAGCAGCACUGCAGAAGAGCUCUCCCGUUCUUUAUCAGAAAAAAGAAAAAAAGAAAUCAUAUUUUCACUCUGGUUCCCUUGGCAACGUGUGGGGCUUUCCCUGUUUCCAUGGUGAUGACGAGCAAGAGUUUUGGAGCCAGAGAGUGACAGAAAUAAACACAGUAAUGUUCAGUUGAAAUGAUAUGAUCAAGGACAAGUCUGACCUGUCAAAACAGAACCACCUGGGCCAUUUGUAGAAUUUUGGCCGAAAUGUUGUGCUUAAUAUCAGCAUGUGAAUAGAUUGGAAUAACUUAACUAUCUCUGAAUGUGUCUGGAGUCAGCUUGUGAUGGAAUAAAUUGUUUUAUUGCUGC